CAGAAGGAUCUAGGUUAGGGUUCUUCUUCUUCUCUUCUUCUUCUCUCUGAAAACCGAGAAUUUGACAAGCACGGAACGGAAGUAAUAGUGAACACAACGCAUCUUGAUCUCACAAGAAGAGCGAGAUGUACAACGGAAUAGGGUUACAGACCCCGAGAGGGUCUGGGACCAAUGGUUACAUCCAGACGAACAAGUUCUUCGUGAAGCCGAAGGUCGGGAAAGUUGCGGAGAACACCAAGGGUUUCGAGGCCGAUCAGGGCACCGCCGGCGUAACGAGGAAGGCAAACAAGGAGAUUCUGGAGCAUGAUCGCAAGCGCCAGAUCGAGAUCAAGCUCGUCGUGCUCGAAGACAAGCUCAUCGAUCAGGGUUACACCGACGCCGAGAUCGCCGAGAAGCUCGCCGAGGCUCGCAGGACUCUGGAGGCCGCCGCUUCGGACGAUAGCGGUGUGCUUGCCGUCGACAAGAAAGUUUCAGAUACUCAGACCCACCAAAUAGCUGCCAGAAAGGAGAAGCAGAUGGAAACUUUAAAAGCAGCUCUUGGCAUACGUUCAUCAGAACCUGAUGAACAAAAUACUGACGAGAUUGAUGAUGGACCAAAUGGUCAGAAAAGUGGUGUGAAUGAUGAUCGCAAGCAUAAGAAAAGUGAGCACGCUUUUUUGGAUAGAGAUUAUGGGAGGAAGAAACAUACUGAGGAGAAUCAGAAAACUGAAAAGGAUGAUAAGGUGAAGAAUACUAAAGAAUCUAAGCGGAACAAGAAGAAAGAAAGUAGAAAGAGGAGGCAUGGGGAUGAGUCUUCCGAUUCUGAUGGCAGUGCUGGGAAUUCAAGAGCUCUUAAAAAGAAGCAUCGCAAAAAUAGUAGGGGAAGGGACUCUGAGGAUUUUGAUACUGAUGUUGACCAGAAGCAUAAGGUUGUAAUGAAACACAAGAAAAGCAAAAGAAGUUAUAGUGAUGAUUCAGAUUCUGGUUCUGAUUUUGCUACCAGUGGUGAAUCUGAUUCCUCUUCUGGUUAUGAGUCCGAUUCUGCUUCUAGUUACGAUUCUUCUGACACAGAUGACAGUGGCAGAAAUUUGACAGCGGUAAAAAAGAAGCGUCAGAGUACUCGUGGGGGAAGUGAUAGUAAAGAUGAGAAGUAUAAGACUGUACAGAAACACAAGAAAAGCAGGAGAAAUGAUAGUGAUGAUACCGAUUCUGCUUCUAGUGAUGAUGCAAGGAAGAAGCAUUUCCGAAAGCAAGAGGGGAAAUACACAAGAUCUCAUAGGAGGCAUGACUCAGAUGAUGAUUCUGGUUUUGAUGAAGGCUCGUUGAAGAGUAGAACUGCAAAGGGGAAGCAACCUUUAAUAGCUGGGAACCGACAUGAUUCUGAGGAUGAUGCCGAUAGCGAGUCUGAUUAUGAAAAGUCUAGAAAACCUAGUAGUAGAACAGUUGAGAGAAGUCGAAGAAGUGGCAAGGAGGACAAUAACGAUUCUGAUAAUUCUGGUUAUAGCAGUGGUAAGGUGGAAAAACACAAAAGGAGACAUGAUUCAGAUGAUGGCGAAGUUGGUCACAAACAUGAUAGGAAAGGCGGACAGAUUGAAAAGCAGAAGGCAGUUGAGAAGGGGUCAAUUUCUAAUGACAGUGAUACCGGUAACAGUGAUGAUUCUCGUGGAAAAAUCAGUGAGACACAUUUGCGUACUGGUGCUCGUGACUAUGAACAUAAGAGGUCAGAGCAGAAUAAGUCUGGUGAAAAUAAGAGUCGGCACCAGGAUGAUAUGAAGAGAAGAGUUGGACGAACAAGUCCAGAAGAGGACUUAAAAUCAAGUGGAAUUGCUGCUAAUGAAAGAUGGAAGGCAAGAAGUUAUUUUAGUGAUGAUGAAUACCAGAACAAGAAUGAUAAAAAAUACUCGGGCUCUGCUAGAAGUGGAGGACAUGAUGAGGUGACUGAUGAACGUGGGGGAAGAACUUACAGAAAGGAGGAUGAACCGCGUCAUAGUAGUAGGAGGACAGAUCGGGAUUAUGAACAGCGUGGUCAAGAUAGAAGGCACUCAAGGAGUGAAGAGGAGCAUAAAGGGAGAAAGCAUGGAAGAGAUGAAGAAGAUGAUUAUAAAUAUAGAAGAUAUGGAAAAGGUGAUGAAGAUGAAUACCAUAGAAGUCACAGAAGGGAUGAAGAGCGGGGAAAUAGGGAUAUUGAUAGGGAUAGAGAAAAGGAUUAUUCCAAGAGAACAAGAUAUGAUGAUUCUAGGUCAAGCGAAAGAAAAAGGUAUGACAAUGAAAGAGGCCAUGACGACCGUCCCAGGCGCCGAGAUUGAUGCUAUAAUCUUGUAGUCACGCUACAAGGCUUAUGAUCGGUUUUGAAUGUGGCGAGUUUUCUGUAUGGAUAUUCUUGUUUCAGCGCGCCGCCUCAUUUCAAAGCCGGCCUGAUAGUUGUGUUGAGCGUUCCAGGCUGAACCAUAUUGACCAGUGCUCAUGAAGAGUGAAGGCGGAAGGUUAUCUGCUGAAUUUAAGAUGAUGUAAAGUUAUGGAUCAUGCAUUGUAGUUUUUUAUUAUGAGAUCAUGCAACUCUCUUGUAACGUAGUGUUGUCAUAUUUUGGGAAUUGAGUUUUAAUAUGUUUUUCA